AUGAACGGUUCAGCCCUCUCUAGUCGCUCCUGGUCAGUGAGCGAGGAGUCACUGAGAAGGUACGUGAGGUUCGCGAGUGAGCGAUGCAUCCAAGAGCUCUUAUCUGCCUCUGAGGCCGGACGCUUUGGGAAUGCGCCCAAUGGUUGGAAAGUGGUGAGGCAUGACCAAAAUGGCGUCGAGAUUUCAAAACGCGACUCGGGAUCGCUGCACGCGUUUCGAAGCCGCCGCAUCCUCACAUCAGUAUUUCCAGAGCAGUUCAUCAGAGUCGCAAAUGCCAAGCAAUGGGAAGGUGACCUGGUGGAAGCAACACAUAUUAAGGACAUAGAUGAGAAUCUGAGCGUAAUCCAUUUAAGGUUUGGGGAAAACUCGAAACCGCUUUUUAGGAACAGAGAGUUCAUUGUCUACGAACGACGUGAGACCAUGGAAGACGGUACUCUUGUGGUGGCAGUGGCGUCCCUGCCAAAGGAGAUCGCAGAAGGACUAGAGCCAAAGAAGAAGAAAAACAAUUCAACAAGAGGAUUGUUGGUUGAGUCAGGUUGGGUUUUGGAGAAGCUUGAAGAUGCCUCUUGCAUGGUUACUUAUGUUGCUCAGUUGGAUCCUGCAGGAUGGUUGCCAAAGUUUUUCGUUAACAGAUUAAACACGAAGCUAGUAAUGAAACUUGAUAACCUUAGAAAGUUUGCUCAAACUUUUCCACCUCAUCUUCCUCAUUUCUAG